AUGGGAACAUUGAAUAAUGAAGCCGCAGUAGGAAAAAGUCAAUUGUUAUCGCGUUUCACAAGAAAUGAGUUUACUCUGGACUCGGCAUUCACAAUUGGUGUUGAAUUUUCUAAGAAAGAAAUACGAAUUAAUGGAAAUAUUAUUCAAGUCCAAAUAUGGGACACGGCUGGACAAGAACGAUUUAUGGCUAUUACAAAAGCGUUUUAUCGAAAUGCUUUAGGUGCCUUACUUGUCUUCGACAUCCAGCGUCGGGAGACAUUUGAAAAUCUCGAUCGCUGGUAUCAGGAAAUUAGAGCCAAUGCUGGUCCUCAUCCAUGCACAAUAAUGCUCAUUGGUAAUAAGAGUGAUCAGCAACAUACUCGAAAAGUUAUGACAGACGAUGCUAAGAGAUAUGCAGACGAGAGAAAUAUGAAAUAUAUGGAAACAUCAGCUCUAGAUGCAACGAACGUUGAACCUGCGUUUUUUCAACUCAUCCAGGACGUUUUUGAAGAGUAUUCGAAACAGCUUCAGUGUGAUUCAUCAGCAGCAAUCAAAAUUCAAGAUGGUUCUCCUCAGCUCUACGAUAAUCUAGCAAAGCGUAAAGAUUUUUCAUGCUGUUUCUAA